CGGUGAGCAGCGGCGGCGGCAGCAGCGCUUCUCUGACGCACUAUCGGAGAUGAGCAUCCCAGUCCCGCAGGCUGUCAGGACAAACUCUCCCGACCUCUCUCUUUUUCGGACUUGUGCAAUCAGCCUUUUUAACUUCAGCGCUGUUCCGUGUUUUCUUUGUUUUUAUUAUUAUUAUUGUAUUUUUGUCGCAUUACUGUCUUACCUCGAUUUCACAGCUUCCCCCCCCCCCCACACACACACACUGACUCCGCGUUUGGCAGUGAUGCACACAUUUGACAUAUCUUGGCUGGGGAUUUACUCCGGAGGAGAGAACUGCCAGCAAGAGUAAUUGUUUUCCAUCUACAUCUAUGGGCUUGUUUUUCUCCGUGUUUCUCGGGCGUCGUUCAGAACGUCUUGUGAUAAGUGCUUCAGAUUAAAGCUUGAGGAGCUGUUCUGAAUUACAGAAAAUCGUUUAGAUGACGGACACGGGGAGGCUGUAAAUCUCCCUCCGCAACGCGACUCUGAGCCCUCGGAAUAUUCUCACGGAGGUGUUGGUUCGAAAGCAGAAAUACUGUUUCAGUUUGCCUGUACUGCGGGGUGGCUGCUGCGCAUGUUCUGCUUUAAAUUAGGAAUUUUCAUUCAGAGGUGGGCAUCUGAGCAUCCCGAAUUUGUGAUGCCCGGGCAGUGAGGUCUACGGUGGGAUUUCAUUCUGGUCGCCCCCCCCCACUCCCCUCCCGCCCUGCACGGCAGCAUGGCUCCAACCCGGAGGGACUGCAGCGGCUGGGAGAUGUUCCUCCCAGCGGGACGCCUGCUCCUCUUCGCGUUGCUAUUUCACCCCGGCGUGGCAAAGGUGUGCAACGACCGCACCAAACACGAACAGGACAACAGCUGGUUCCUUAAGAAGGAAGAAGCGUUGAACAUCAUGGUGCUGAUGCCAAUGAACGAGUCGGCCCUGAUGAGCAGCAUCAGCCAGGGAAUCGAACCAGCGGUUCAGCUGGCCAUCGAGCACAUAAACGACUCCGGGGAGUACCCGUUUUCACUCAUCACCAAAAUCUAUGACACUGAGUGUGACAAUGCUAAAGGACUGAGGGCCUUUUUUGAUGCCAUAUGCUACGGUCCCAAACAUCUGAUGAUCUUCGGAGGUGUAUGCCCUUCUGUGACCUCCAUUAUUGCAGAGUCUUUGGAGGGCUGGAAUCUGGUUCAGCUGUCAUUUGCAGCGACCACCCCGGUUCUGGCAGACAAGAAGAAGUACCCCAACUUCUUCCGCACCGUCCCGUCCGAUAACGCUGUGAACCCAGCAGUUAUCAAAUUCCUUAAUUACUACAACUGGAGCCGGGUGGGGACCCUCACACAGGAUGUUCAGAGGUUCUCAGAGGUGAGGAAUGAUCUGACCUAUGAACUGGAGAAAGCAAACAUCCACAUUGCAGAUACAGAAAGUUUUUCCAAUGAUCCAUGUGUCAAUGUCAAAAAACUGAAGGACAAUGACGUGAGAAUCAUCAUUGGGCAGUUUGAUGAGCAUUGGGCCUCUAAAGUCUUCUGUUGUGCAUAUAACUUGAACAUGUAUGGCAGCAAAUACCAGUGGAUCAUCCCAGGCUGGUAUCAACGAAACUGGUGGGAGCAGGCGAACAACACCAACUGCACUUCCAGGAAGCUCCUAACAGCCAUGGAGGGAUACAUCAGUGUGGACUUUGAACCGCUCAGUUCUCGGCCAGUGAAGGGCAUCUCUGGCAGGACCCCAAAGGAAUAUGAAAAGGAGUAUUACAGGGAGCUCCAGCAGAAAGGUGUGGAGGCAAGCAAGUUUCACGGCUUUGCCUAUGACGGGAUCUGGGUAAUUGCAAAGACCUUGAACCGAGUAAGGGAACUGCUCCGGACAAAAGAAAGGCAAAAUAUGUAUCACAACUUCACUGUGGACGAUCGGGAAGUGGGGAAAAUGGUGCUUGAUGUCAUGAAUGAAACUAACUUCUAUGGAGUUACAGGUCAAGUCAUGUUUCGUAAUGGAGAGAGGAUGGGCACAAUAAAAUUCAACCAGUUUCAAGAUGGUCAGGAAGCAAAAGUGGGAGAGUACAAUUCUAUCGCUGACAUCCUGGAUCUCCAGAACAACUCCAUCAGGUUCCAAGGUGUGGAGCCUCCCAAAGAUCGCACAUUUGUUCGUCUACAACGGCGCCACAUCAACGUGCCACUGUACAGCAUCUUGUCUACUAUAACCAUCCUGGGCAUGCUAAUGGCCGGGGCUUUCCUGUUCUUUAACAUCAAGAACCGAAAUCACAGACUAAUCAAGAUGUCCAGUCCAUACAUGAACAACCUGAUCAUCCUAGGAGGCAUGCUGUCCUACGCCUCGAUCUUCCUCUUUGGUCUUGAUGGAGGUUUUGUUUCGGACAAAGAGUUUGAGACGCUCUGCACUGUUCGGACAUGGAUCCUUAUUGUUGGAUACACAACUGCUUUUGGUGCCAUGUUUGCCAAGACGUGGAGGGUACAUGCCAUCUUCAAAAAUGUGAAGAUGAAGAAAAAGAUCAUAAAGGACCAGAAACUGUUGAUUAUCGUCGGUGGGAUGCUGCUUAUCGACUUAUGCAUUCUAAUUUGCUGGCAGAUCGUGGACCCUCUCAGGAGAACCGUGGAAGAAUACAGCUUGGAGGCGGACCCACAAGGCCGAGACAUUGCCAUCCGUCCCUUCUUGGAGCACUGUGAGAACACCCACAUGACCAUUUGGCUUGGCAUCGUGUAUGCCUACAAGGGACUGCUAAUGCUGUUUGGCUGCUUUCUGGCGUGGGAGACCAGGAACGUGAGCAUCCCUGCCCUCAACGACAGCAAAUACAUCGGAAUGAGCGUGUACAACGUUGGCAUCAUGUGCAUCAUCGGCGCGGCGGUGUCCUUUCUGACCAGGGAUCAGCCGAAUGUCCAGUUCUGCAUCGUAGCUCUCGUCAUCAUCUUUUGUAGCACCAUCACCCUCUGUCUUGUUUUCGUUCCUAAGCUGAUCACCAUGAGAACCAACCCAGAUGCAGCCACACAGAACCGGCGGUUAAAGUUCACCCAAAAUCAGAAGAAGGAAGAUUCCAAGACGUCCACCUCGGUCACCAGCGUGAACCAGACCAACACUUCCCGACUGGAUGGGCUGCAAACUGACAACCACCGCCUUCGCAUGAGGAUAACCGAGUUGGAUAAGGAGCUGGAGGAAGUGACCAUGCAGCUACAGGACACCCCAGAGAAAACUCCUUACAUUAAACAGAACCAUUACCCAGACGCCAAUAACAUCCUCAGCAUACGCAACUUUACAGACGGCAAAGACGGAGAGAAAUCGAUACUGAAAAACCACCUGGAGCAAAAACCGCAGGCGCAGUGGGGCUCCAUGGAUCCUUCCAGAAUAAGCAGAGGUCCCCUGGAGGAUAUCAACUCACCUGAACACAUACAGCGUCGACUGUCCUUGCAGCUGCCUAUCCUGCACCACGCAUACUUACCUUCCAUAGGAGGGGUUGACGCCAGUUGCACCAGUCCAAAUGGAAGCCCGGGCUCCAGUCCGAGGCACAGACACAUGCCCCCUUCCUACAGGGUAAUGGUCUCUGGGCUGUGAGCCUCAUUUACUCCCCCACUUCGCUCUUUGCUGAGGAGACACAAAUGGUUCUUUUUUUCUACAACAAACAGACUGAUAUUGUCAGCGUAUGUGCGUAUUCCGUCUUGGACUGAAAAGAAGAUGGGGAUGAACAAAGAGAGGGGGGAGGGAUAAAGUUUUACUCGUCAUACCUCUGCACUCGGGUCUCUUGAGGACUGACGCCGUCAGUCAAAACUGGGUGGGGGAGGACGGUUGAUGCUUAACUACUACUUCCUCCCUGCUUAGGUCUGCUCACACAUAUGCACAGUCAGACACAGAUAUCUACAACAGAGAUACACACCCAUAUCCAAGCACAGUGACACCCCAGCAGCAGCGGUGGACCAGCCCUAAUCUGACGUGUAGCCUUAUCUGCUUCAAAAGGGAUUGUUUCUGUUUCUUAUCUGUCUUAUGUACUAUAUGUGCUUGCAGCUACAUGUGAGCCACACCAACUUUAACAUUUCACUGCUUCGGUGACUGGAUAUGAGUUUGGGAGCAACGAGAGGAAUUUUCGAGAUCCAACUAAAGAGAGCAUUAAAGGAAGCGUCCCUGUCCACUUCUCAACGUUGUGCAGAAAUGUAAAUAUCAUCGCUUUUGACACUGAUGUACUGUAAGCUUUGUAAAUGCUGUGAAUGGACAAAUGUAUAGGAUUUAAGUGUGGUGCUUGUAACAAAGGCAGGUGACAGCUUAUGGAAUAUAACAUCCUACAAAUCAGAUAUAUGACAGAGGCAUAAAUCUGUUGGCAUAGCUGUUAAUAUAUUAGCUUACAAACGCCAUAGAUGCAUCAAAAUUUGUCCAGGUCCCAUGCCUCUAACUCGGAGUGAGAUGCACGUUGCUCUUUUUUUGUUCCACUUUGCUUUUUUUUCUAGACUCGUUUAUGUCAAAGACCUCCUGUCUGACUUUGUAAAGGCCUUCAUACUUUACAAUUUAAUCAGUCCGCCUGGAAUCAGACAGCAUGUUUUAUAGAAACAAUAAUGCUAUGCCUUUUUCACAGGUCUCUGAGAAAAUAGAGCAAAAAGAGACCAAGGGAGUGUUUCACAGCUUUCUUUCUUUUUUGUUAACAUGCCAAGAAAUUCAAAUACAGAUGUGCACGUAAAAAAAAAACAAAAAUACAAGAGAGCAUCCAGUGACUUCAGGUGCUGUUGGCGCUUAGUGAUGGGUGGGGUCACACUGAAGCUUGCAGACUGGUUUUUAUAGACUGUUAAAUUGUCUAUUUGAACUUGUUCUCAUGUCUUACCAGCACAGUUUAGAGCAACGGGGUGCAGCAAUAGCACAAAAUUACAAGACUUUGAGAUAAAACUUUGUGAGGAGGGAUAAAACGAAAACAGGUGAUGUUGGAAAAAAUGUAGGUCUACCAGUACCACGGCUUGAUCGGACUAAAUGGUUAACCUGAAUUUCCAUGCACAGCAGCAAUGACAGUCGACGUGUUGAAGUCUCGCGUUAUAAGCCCCAAACCUGUCUGCAGUGUUGGUUUCAAAGACGGUGAUGCCACCACUGCUGGUCACGGUGAUUUAGCACAGACACAGGGCUUUCUCUCACAGAUAAUACAGAGUAUCAUGACUUAGCAACAGUGAACAUACCUCAGUUGCUACAGAAAUGUACAUCAGUGCCGCUGAGCUUCACCCAAGACCGUCAUCAAGAGUAUCGCUGUUCUUCGUUAAAUUUUUUUUCCUAAUGCAGGAGAAAAAGCAAAAGGGGGACUCUGCAGGAAAAAUACUUUUUUUACCCAGAGCGGCAAGGUUCGUUCUCAGCAUAUUGUUUCACCAUUGGUGUCUUGGUUUUUAUUUUUUUAAGGCGUUUCUUGAGCGCCGUGCCUGUUGUCUUAUAUUGUAGCCUGCGAGACCCACACUACAUACAAAAGGGUCGAAACUGCGCUUACCCAGCAAAGUACAUCGGCCACACAUCUGUAAAUCGAACAAUCUGUCACAGACUAAUCUAAAGUCCAUGUGUCCAUGACCGGGGACAGCUUUGGGAGUACAUGGCGGAAGCUCCACUCCAGCCGGAGGAUAUUUCUCCAUAAAUACAGUCAAACACUUCUCAGAAAAGUUGAGAGGAUUCAGAGCUGAAGUUGGGGAGACAAGGAUCUGCUGUCAGACAUAUCGAGGUUUGAGCUCCUCCCAUUUCCAGGCCCCUGCUAUGAUGCACAGGAGCAGAAGGGGGGGGGAAAAACCCAAGCACAGACCUCAAAAAGGAGUCAUGACUUCUCCUGCACCUUUGCCAACCAGAGAAUCACAAUCACAGAACAUGUGAGUGGGAGACAUUACCGGAGGGUUGGAUCUUCCUUCAGGAGAAGCAAAAAAACCAACCGCACAUUUUAUAUAUUACAAUAUACGUGAUUGUGUACAACUUUGCUGAUACCCUGAUGAUGGUGUCCAUGUAUGGAGUAUUUGGUAUUUGGCUUUCUCAAGACGGCAUGAAAUAAAAUGUAUAAUUCACAGAGUUACCUCUGUUUUUUUUUUUUUUUUGGUUGGUUUUUUUUGCAACUGUUGUGACAAAGCUACGCUGUUGUUCCAUCAUAUCACCUGUAAUUUGAUUUUAUCAUGAAAGGGUCCACACCCCUGUUCAAAAGUCCUAUAUUUCUGAUCUAAAACAGACCAUGAUACAUCUUUACCACCUUUAACCUGACAUAUAACAUGUACCAUUCAACUGAACAACCAAUUUGUUAGGGUGGAACGAGUGCAAUAACGUGUUUAGCUUCAAUUUUAGCAUGCAGCCCUCUGAAGGAGUUUAUGAAAAUGCUGCCUUUAGGUGUCACCACAUUUACUCUCUCUACCUUGUGGGUAGAAGUAAAAAUCUUCUAUAUUGAAGUCAUUCUAUUGUCAUUCUAUUCUAUUGAUAUAAAUGUAUGAUUGGACUCACUGUGAUGUUGGAAAAUUACAACCUCUCUCCAUAUUCAGCUUUCCAGAAGACAUUUGAAAUGCUUGGGGUCAGAAUAGAAUUGGAGUUUUGAAAAACAGCGCAGCUUAGGAGAGAAGAAACCCCCAGAGCAUUAUGCAGCCACCACUAUGUUUCAGUGUGGAUGUUGCUUUGGUGACAUGCUGUACUGUUUUUGUGCCAAAUCAUCUUUUAGUUCUUGUUUUAAAAAAUAAAUAAAUAAUUGAAAAAAUUCUCCCACCACAGUUGUAAUAUUUAAUCCAGACCUGGAUGAUUUUUAGGAGAAAGUACUUCAGACUAGUGAUCUUACUUAUUCAGACAUUUUGGGGAUUAGAGGAGAUUAUCACACGUAUAAUUCAACCAGUACUUAGAAACUUGUGCAGCUUCUCUACAUAUGGGUCCAUCUUUUAUAUUUUUUUUACCAUUUGCCCAGAAAUGUUAUUAUACAAGUUAAUAAUGUACAGAAUUUAUGUACCAAAUUAAAGGUGGAUUUUUUUUAAGAGUAUCAUAAAAUAAUCUUUUAUGUCCCCAAAAUCAGAUUUUUCAACAGGGGUGUUUACACUUUUUAAAUCCACUGUAGUACCUUACAAGCGUUCGUUUAUUUUAUUUUAUUUGUUUUACCUCUUGAUCAGUUCGCACAUGUCAAAGCCAAGAUGCUCAGUGGACUAACUAAAUAUCAUCUCAUCUAACAUGCUACUGAUUUAGCACCUGUUCACUGAGGGCAAUAAAAUGAAGGUAGCAGCUUUCGAACAAACCUACUAUAAUCUACUUGUGUGUUUUAAAACGAUUAUGAAAUCAUUUUAUCUGAUCAGUCCAAAAUAUCAAAUGCAGAUCAUCAGGUGUUUUUUUUAUGUGCCCUAUUUUUAUUCUAAUACAAUUUAUUUCAGUUCUCAUAAAUGAAUAAAUUUUACAAAUGCAAUGGCGGUGGGUCAAGGGCUCAUAAAUAACCUGUAAUAAAUAGCAUCAUGCUGAUGGUUUGUAUUUGCCACAGGUCUUUUUACCUUCUCAGUUUGAAGACCAAGGUGACAUAUAUGAGGACAUCUUUGUAUGUUUCAUCGUCAGGUUGACUGGAGAAAAACGACACAAACCAAGAUAUGUUACACUAACAAAAAAUAUAUAUAUUACGUGGAGACACACGAAGGUCCAUGCUGUUACUGUUUUGUCAGUUUUGAUAUGUGGUACCACAUGGCAUUCUGUUCAAUUAAAACUUUAAAAUGGUGAACAAAAACCUAUGUUAAAUGCAACAUGUUUAAGAGGGGCAAUAACUUGUUUUCUUAUUACAGAAAGAAUAGAGAACUAUAUAUAUAAAUAUAUAUAUAUAUAUGUAUAUGUAAAGAUCUUUACGUACAUUCUCAUUUUUACAUAGGAAACAUUUCACAAAUCUGAAGUCUUCUUUUUAUUUACAGUAUCUGUAACUAUGUUAUGUACAGAUGAGGUCUAGAUAUGAAAAUCUUGUAUAAAAUGAGUAUCACACUUGGAACACCUGAACAUUUUUUGAGCCAUUGGUUGUUAUUUGGGGGAGGGAGGGAUGAGGAGGGCAGGGCGAUGGGGAUAUUUGAAAAACAUUCUUCUUUUGUUGUCUGAAUGUUAUGGACAGCCUUUACUUUUCACAUCAUCGUUAAAUAAAGUGUGACUGAAAAUAA